AUGGAUCUCGAUUACGAUUCUUGCGCUCAGUUUCUGGCGAGGUUGGAAGCUGAUCCGGAAAAUCUCAACACCAAUAUCAAUACAACCCCAAACAACGUUAAGGGUUCGAAUCCUAAUAAUAGCCUAGGAGCUUCUCCUGUUAGCGUGCUUGAUACCUCUUUAUCGCUUUCUCCUAUCGAUAACAGAAAUUCUACCUCCCCUCCGGGCCUGUCAUCCGGCUCCGUUACCUCUCACUCACCGGAAUCGCUUCGCUUCGACUACGACGUUGCCUGGAAUCCCAACGACCCUGCUUUCUUUGCCCUCAUUGAUGAGGGGAUCCUGUCGAAUCAGGCUUGGGACCUCAUGUCAUCGCAAGGGCAACCGUCGAAUCAGCAACAGGGUGGAGUAGUUACACCGCUCAAUGACUAUAUCAAAGUUGAGAACGACACGCCCCCUCGCCCCUAUUUCGGAAACCCCCAACAAGCAACCAUUUCUCCCACACAAUCUCUAAUUGACCCCGCUACACAGACCGCGCUGGAGGGGGCAUAUCCAUUCGGGAAGGAGAACGAUUCGUUGUUCGACUUCACUAACUACGCCGGUUCUGGGUCGGUAGGGCAAGCUCAGGGGAGUAACCCUGAGUCAUAUUCUCCGUUGGCAUGGAGAAAUCAAGCUCAGCAAGCUCAGCAACGGGAGGAUUUUACAUCUAUCGGAUGGCAAUCCCCUCCCCAAGCUCAGCAAGUCACCCAGCAACGACAACAACGACCACAGCAAACACCCCAAUCGCAGGAACCGGUAAACAACAUGUCGCCCUCAUCAUCGCAUCGUACCUCGAGCAGCCCAGAUUCCCGUGCCCACGAUUCGCAUAGCGAUGACAAUAAUGCAAUCCCUCGCCCGAAAAAGCGAAAGACUAGCACUGAUGAUGUAGCACCGGAUGGUGGCUCGUCGGCCCCGGCACCCGCCGCCGGCCGGAAACAACAGCCAAAGAAAACGGCACACAAUAUGAUUGAGAAGCGAUAUCGGACUAAUCUUAAUGAUAAGAUUGCGGCUCUGAGAGAUUCGGUUCCUUCACUGCGCGUUAUGGCCGGCACCUCAAAACUGGGCGAAGACGACGACGAAGAAGACCUCGAAGGGUUGACACCUGCACACAAGCUCAAUAAAGCUACCGUCUUGGCGAAGGCUACCGAAUAUAUCAGGCACCUCGAGAAACGAACAAAGAGACUGCAAGAUGAGAACGAUCAAUUGAAGAACCGGUUGGCAGCGUUCGAGAAGUUGGCUACCAUGGGCGGCUCGAUGGGAGGCGCUGGCCAAUCGGGUAGUGGAUCCAGGGGUGGUGGUGGGCCCGGUGGCGGCCUGAUGAGCAGGUUGAUGGUGGGAAGUUUGGCGGGUUUGAUGGUUGCGAAUGGGCUGCAGGAGCAAGAAAAUGGAACCCGUCAACUCAUCCCUUUCCCCACCGCGAUAAUGCAGAUUUUUGGUAUCCCCGAGUCCUCAGCCACAGCUGGGAGUCACCUAUUUUGGUUGGCCUUCAAGAUGAUGCUUCUCGUUUCGGCACUUAUAUAUGUCAUCGUCCCAGGCUUUUUCGACUCCAAGACCAAGGGAAAGCCAAAGUCCAACACACCCAACAAUGCCGCUCUAUCACCUGUCCCAUCUCUGGCUUCAUCCUUGGAGGUUCGCCGCACCGCAUGGCUUACUGCUAUACAAUCGGUUUGGGUGCCCCGUCAUUCUUUUGCACUCGAAAUCGCUGCAUUAGCAUAUAAAACUUUGAAGCUUAGUCUCCGCAAGCUCAUCGGAUGGAACGGAUAUGCUCUGCUUACUGGCAUGACCGAAGAGCAUGAAGCUGCUCGGAUCAAGGCGUGGUCUAUUGCUUUGGAUGCUCAACUUGCCGGGGGCGAUGCUACUAUCACUCACUCAAGACUUAUACUUACCCUCUUAGCCUCCUUAACUUUACCGGCAACUCCAAGUCGUUUGAUGCUUAAUGCCCUCCAUAUCAGAGUACUCUUUUGGGAUCUUGGAAGCAGCUUCGAGUCUUUUGCUAACUGGCUUGCCAACUACUAUUGGCUCGAGGCAAGAAACGUCCAGCAAAAGAGUUUGAAUAAUACCGAUUCCUCGGCCGAGAGCCUUCCCGAACAUCUUGCCCGUCUCCUUGACCUCGACCCCAACGAAGUCCUUCACAGCAAGAUCAUUCAGAAAGCCUACAACCUUGCUUACGACAGGGGAACUGGUGAGAAUUGCGGAGGCUACGAUGAAGGCAUGGACACCGUUGUUGAGGAUGAGUCAGUCCGUUCGCCAUUGGAUGCUGUUGCCGCCUGGUAUUCUAGUUUGGUCCUCCAAGGAGUCCUUGCCGCAAACCUUAAAACCCGGAACACCGAAGUCAUCCGAAGCGGAAUCACCGAAGACCUCGAAGCCGCGUUGAACGUUGCUCCACCAAACAGCAAAGCCCAACUCCGAACUUUAGUCACGAAAGCAAUGCUGGAAGACAAAGAUGAUGGCACAACUCUCCGCGCAGCACUCAAAGCAUUCGAAGAAGAUAUCCAACCCCAUGAACCAACCCCCAAUAGUGUUCCCCGAAUCAUGGUAUCCAGACCUCACGUCCCCACAGCCGUAACAACUGACAUCAAAAUCGCCAUCCGCUGCGCCAUGGCCCUGAACCUCCUUCGUAGCGGCUCCCGUGUCGGCGCCAUCCGCCUAUUCAGCGAACUCGACUGGCGGGGCCGGGAAUCUGCCGACGUUAAGAACAAGCUUGGCCUGCUUGGCUUUGUGGCUAUCUGGAAGACGCUCAAUCGGCUCAUUGCUAGCGACGUUUGUUGGGCUACGGAUGCCGGUGAGAGCGUUGAUAAGGCCGCGGGCAUGCUUAGAGUUUGGAUCGGCGGGAAGAACGUGUCCAAGCGAGCCGGUGUACAGAAGGAUGACUGCAAGAGGGUCAUUGACUUUUGUAAUUCUCUACAGAAGAGGUUGGCUGGCUUGUCGGAUGAUUUGGACGAUGGAUAUGCUAGUGGGACGUUGGACUCUGAGAGGAAGAAUGCUGGGACUUGAAGUCCCGUCUCUCUGCUCUUUCUUCCUUGGGUCGUCGUUUGGGAAAUGUUGCUUUUGUGUGUGUGUACACUAGAUUUCUUGGUUUAGUUAGGGGGAUUUCGCUUUACUCUUUUUUUUUUUUUUUUUUUUUUUUGAAGGGAAACGGUGCGUACUGGUCAUGUCAGGAUGAGGUCAAGUUAAUUGGUUAGUUUGUUUCUUUCCCUUUACCUUUUUCUUUUUUUUUUUCCUUUUUAAAUUUUCUUCCAAAAACUUUUUUUCUUUC